GGGAGGGGAAGGGCGGGGUCCACAAAGCGUUGGGGGAGGAGUUGGCAGCGAGGUGUGGGAGGAGCAGGAGCCGGAGCAGGAGCCAGGCUGGAGCCCGUCUGGCUUGUGGAGGUGCUAGUGCAGGGUUGUGGGAAAGAGCUGGAAAAGGGGGAGCUGGGGUCGAUCUAGGCCAGAGGGGUAGGAGGAGCAGGUCAGAGCUAGAAGAGGUGGAGAUGACGGAGGAACAGGGCUGGGCUGUAGGAAAGAGCAGGAGGAGCUCAUGAAUACCUACUAAUUGGAGGAGCUGUGCGAGGAAGAGCCUGGGAUAGAGUUGUGGGAGGAGCAUGGCGGAGCUGGCAGAAAAAAAGCUGGGAGUGCAUUAGGAAGAUCUGGGGUGGAGCUUAGGUAUAGCAGUGGUACAAGGAGCAGGAGGGAGCUAGUGGAGGCAGAGCCGGGAGUGGAGAUGUGGGAGGAAUGGGGCUGGGCUGUGUGAAAGAGCUGGGGGAGGACCUUUGAAGUCCUGGUGGCUGGAGGAGCUGGGGCACAGCUGGAGGAGGAGGAGGAGCUGGAGGAGGAGGAGGAGCUGGGGGGUAUGAAGCUGGUGGAGGAUUUGGAUGUGGAGGUGGGAGUGGAGCUUUGGGAGGAACUGAGUCUGAGCUGUAGGAACAGUAAGGCGGAGCCGCUGGGGAAAAAAGGUGGAAUUGUGGGAGGAGCAGAAUGGAGUUGUUGAAGGAGCUAGUGCAGAGGAGCUGGAGUUGGAGAUGUGACAGGAGCAGUUGGGGCAGAGCUGUGAGGAAGAGCUGGGGGAGGAGCUCCUUGCAAAUCUGGGCAGAGCUGUAGGAAGGAGUUUUGGUGCUGCAUGCUUAGGUACCAGUGAAAAUGGCAAGCCCAGGGUCUUCAAGGACCCUGUAUCUACCCCAAAUGGCACCCCAGAGGGCAUGGAAGGGUGAAGGGUGCGAACACUUGUCUGGAGUCCAGGGAGCUCUAGGCUGAGUUGCACUGCAGGGCUGAUUCCUCCCCAUUUGCCAGGCCGGCUCUCCUGGAAGAGUAACACGGACUUUCACCCCUGAGGGUUCUGAGCCUGUGGCCCCCAUGUCCUUCUCAGGCUGUGGAAACUGCACUUGUCCAUUUACCAUAGAAAUAUGGUAGGAGAUUACUGAGACAUUCAAAUGGAUCACUUGGGUGCCAAGCAUGUCCCUCUGUGUUCCCAUCAUGUAAGAGCAGCCCUGCCUCCUCCCAGUGACCAGGGACAACACCCCCAACAGGGUGGCGACUCUUCUUCGUGCUUGCUGGUCUCACAGCGUGAGAAGCCCAGUGUGCCCAUGACUUAUAAUUCAGUUUUCAGUCAGGGCUUGGAGUUCAGGGGGAGACUUACUGUGUCUCUUGGUGGAAGCAUUCCCAUUGGGUGAACCAGGGAGCCUGCCCCAUCAGGUAGUCACUAGCCAUGUGUGGCUACUGAGUCCUUGAAAUGUGGCUAGUGCAAUCAAGGAACUGAAUUUCUGAUUAUAUGUUAUCUUAAUCAAAUUUAAAUAGCCAAAUGUGGCUAGUGGUGACUAUAUUGGACAGCACACAUCUAGACCCACAGAACCCAAAAUUGGGGGCAGAAAGCACAAAUUCCCAUGUGGAUCACCAGGAGAGAUAGUAAGUGGUGUAAUUUCACCCUUUGGUCCACUGCUUCUCACCUGAAAGAGGCCUACCUGGCAUUGUGCUUCUUUAGUGGUGGGAGGUGUGAGAUAUAACCAUUUUUCCCUUACUUAGUAGGGAAAGCCCUAGCAUGCCUUGGACUACUAGACCCUUGAAUAUUUCAUUGAUACAACAGGCCUUUGAACCUUUGUAGUGUUAUUCUCCCACCUUCUGAAGUGUCUAUCUCUUUCUAAGUCCUUUAACAUCCCUGCCACAUCUUGCUCAUCCAGUGGUUAACAUGAUGCCAUUGAUAUAGUAGACUUUGGGACCUGGGUUGGGGGCAGUGGUAGUGACCAAUCACUUCACCUGUGGUGUGCAAGCUGGAUCAGAUGCAUCUACCUUUGCUUCCAUGUGCUGGGAAAGCUAUUUUCAGUGUACAGACUUCAUGCCAGAUUUGCUCAGAUCAGGGGCAGGCUUUCCAGAGCUCCUGAUUGUUGGAAGUACUCUUUGAGGACAGAAAUCCACUACUAUAUACUCCCUUCUUCAAGGGGUCCCUCAUCCUGAGGAAUUUAUCUGGACCCUGCUAACCAUGCUUGGAGACUGUCCUUCAGGAAACAAGCAGUGAAGGCAACAUGUGACUUUCCUGGUGCACACCCACAGUGCCCCCCCCAAGACAAGGCCAUUAGAUGUUGACCUUCUACUUUUGAUGUUUGGCUGCCAUUCUAAUUUAGGGAAAGGACCUGGAAGUGACACAUGUGUUGGAACCUUUCUUGGGACCUUUCUUGUCCUCAGGGACAAACUGAGGCUGUCAGAAUCAAGCUGGGCAAUGGUGGCCAGAGCCACAGGAUAGAGAGUGAGGGAUAGGAUAUAAAAGCUGACAGCUAUGGGCCCAUCCACUGUCCAUGUUAGAGUAGUCAGGUACAAAAUAAGGGAGCAGAGUGGGUGGAGCAGGAUCAGUUAAGGGACUCCACAGAAAUAACCUAUGGCUCCUAAGAGAGUUUAAAGGGGGAGAUUUCCCUGGGUACUCAGAUGCCAGAGGUUGGCAGGGAAGAAGGGAUAUCUGUCCAAGCAAAAGGUGAGAGCAGCUAACUCUGGUUCCAUGGAGGGUGAGGAGUGUGAGACCAGUUGUGUGUCAGAGUGGGGAGAUAGGCAGUGGUGAGAGGACAGAGUGAUGAUCUGGAGUGCUUGGAAACAGGCCUAUCUGUGACCCAGACCUCAGUCCCUGACUUGGGAACACCAAGAGUGCCACAGAGUACAGGGAGGGCCAGAAGAUCUAAGCACCUGAUCUGUACAAAAGGCCCCCUGCCCUCAGGACAGUCUGGGAGAAAGCAUAUAGACAACACCCCCAAGCCUCCACAACAAAUACAUUAGCCUCAAACCUGACAUUCUUAGCUGGUGGAAGCAACCAGGGAAGAAAACGAACACACAGCUGCACUUACAUUUGUGGUGCCAGUGGGGCAUGGGUGUAAUCAUUCAGGAGAAAAAGAGCUUGGACAGUGUCCUAGUUCCUAUUCUUUUUAAAUUGUAAAAUAUACAUCACAUAAAAGUUACCAUUUUAGUCAUUUUUAGGUGUACAGUCCAGUGGCAUUCAGAACCUUUACAUUGUUGUGCAACCACCACUCUAGCCCCUAUUCUUGGGGCUAAAAGACCCAUGGUAGAAGAUGCUGUCUUCUAGAGGAUGUAGAGCUGUACUCACGGGACAACUGUGGGAGUGUCACACACAAAGAAAAUCUGGUUGUUCACUGUAUAUUCUCCCCCAAUGUGUCGCUCUCACUUUUAUGAAGUUUGUGCCUUCAGCCCCCAUUGGGACAGAAAAAAAGAUUCAAGGAAUCUUUGAUCGAGCACCAGAAUUCUUAGAUGUCUGCCCUGAAACCAUGCAUCUGCAAGACACUAGGUACACCUGGGCCUGGGGGAAGUGGAGCAGCGGUGAGGAGGCCGUGGGAGAGCAGCAACUUUAUCAGGAGAGAAAAGAGGGUCUGGGGGAUGAGGAGUUCUUGGGGUGAGGAGAAGAAAAGCUUGCCAUAGCAAGCACAGAGGCCUUAGUGGAGGAGACUCUGAGGAUGAGAUUAGACCCAUCCACCUGUCUUCAGCUGUGUUAUGUCCUGUGAGCACUUGCUCUUUGGACACUUAUAAUUCCCUCUGAGAAAAUGGUGGGGCUUCUGACAUUACCCCCACUUGAGGAUGGGAGCAUGGACUGAAAAGAGAAGGUGCCAAUAGAUAAGAGUGUGUGGGGAUGCUGGUCUGAGCCUUGAAGUGUGCAGAUGGGAGAUGGACAGACAGUGAAAUGCCUCCAGCUUUGGAAGAAGGAAGAAGAACAGUGAGACCACAGGCCCCCAGUCCCAAAGAUGCUCUGAAUAUCCUUCUUAUCAUCGUGGAUGACCUGCGCCCCUCCCUGGGCUGUUACGGAGAUAAGCUAGUGAGGUCCCCAAACAUCGACCAACUGGCAUCCCGCAGCCUCCUCUUCCAGAAUGCCUUUGCCCAGCAAGCAGUGUGCGCCCCGAGCCGCGUGUCCUUCCUCACCGGGAGGAGACCUGAUACCACCCGCCUGUAUGACUUCAACUCCUACUGGAGGGUGCACACUGGAAACUUCUCCACCAUCCCCCAGUACUUCAAGGAGAAUGGCUACGUGACCAUGUCGGUUGGAAAAGUCUUUCACCCUGGUAUAUCUUCCAAUCAUAGUGAUGAUUCUCCAUAUAGCUGGUCAUUUCCUCCUUAUCAUCCCUCCUCCGAGAAGUAUGAAAACACUAAGACAUGUCGAGGACCAGAUGGAGAACUCCAUGCCAACCUGCUUUGCCCUGUGGAUGUGGUGGAUGUGCCUGAGGGCACCUUGCCUGACAAACAGAGCACUGAGCAAGCCAUACAAUUGUUGGAAAGGAUGAAAAUGUCAUCCAGUCCUUUCUUCCUGGCCGUUGGAUAUCAUAAGCCACACAUCCCCUUCAGAUACCCCAAGCUUUGUAUGCUUUUCCCCAAGGAAUUCCAGAAGUUGUAUCCCUUGGAGAACAUCACCCUGGCUGCUGACCCCCAGGUCCCUGAUGGCCUACCCCCUGUGGCCUAUAACCCCUGGAUGGACAUCAGGCAGCGGGAGGACGUCCAAGCCUUAAACAUAAGUGUGCCCUAUGGCCCAAUUCCUGUGGAUUUUCAGCGGAAAAUCCGCCAGAGCUACUUUGCCUCUGUUUCAUAUUUGGACACACAGGUGGGCCACCUUUUGAGUACUUUGGAUGAUCUUCAGUUAACCAAUAGCACGAUCAUUGCAUUUACGUCGGAUCAUGGGUGGGCUCUAGGUGAACAUGGAGAAUGGGCCAAGUACAGCAAUUUUGAUGUCACUACCCGUGUGCCUCUGAUGUUCUAUGUUCCUGGAAGGACAACUUUGUUUCCGGAGGCAGGAGAGAAGCUUUUUCCUUAUCUUGACCCUUUUGAUUCUGUCUCAGAGUUGAUGGAGCCAGGCAGGCAAUCCAUGCAUCUCGUGGAACUUGUGUCCCUGUUCCCCACACUGGCUGGACUGGCAGGACUCCAAGUUCCGCCUCGCUGCCCUAUUCCUUCAUUUCAAGUUAUGCUGUGCAGAGAAGGCCGGAGCCUUCUGAAGCAUUUUCUAUUCCAUGACUUGGAAGAGGAUCCAUACCUCCACAGUAAUCCCCGUGAGUUGAUUGCCUAUAGCCAGUACCCGCGGCCGGCAGACUCCCCUCAGUGGAAUUCUGACAAGCCAACUUUAAAAGACAUAAAGAUCAUGGGCUAUUCCAUACGCACCAUAGACUAUAGGUAUACUGUGUGGGUUGGCUUCAAUCCUAAUGAAUUUCUGGCUAAUUUUUCUGACAUCCAUGCAGGGGAACUGUAUUUUGUGGAUUCUGACCCAUUGCAGGAUCACAAUGUGUAUAAUGAUUCCCGAGGCAGAGAACUUUCUCCAUCAUUGAUGCCUUGAGUUUUGCCAACAACUAAGAGCAAAUGUAUUGUGCUCCUUUCCAGUUGGUGAGAGGAGGAGUUAGAACUUGUUAUUUUGUGAUUACCCAUAAUAUUGGAAGCAACCUGAGGGGUAGGUAAUCCAGAUAUGCAUUAACAAUUUGGUCUAAAAGUAUGUAAUAGCCAAACCUUUUCAUUUAGUCUCUAUUAACUUAUAAUUGGUAAUUAGACUGAGGCUGGGCUGAACCUUCCCCCCCCCCCUUUUUCAAAAAGUCAUAUCUUAUGUAUUGA